CAUGUCAAAAAUCAAAAUGACAAAGAGAAAGGACGCAAACUAAAAAAAAACAAUACAGAAAAUCAAUGCUUUUAAGUUUAAUUUAAUGAAAUUAUUAAGGAAAUUCGUGCAAAAAAGUAUAUUAUUAUAAUAUGGAAGAUUUAUGCACGGCCUGUUUGUGCUCGGGCCGAAAUUUGUUUAACAUAAACGGGACAGAAUUACAAGUAGUUUAUUCUCAAAUUUUGAAUGAAAUCUCUAUUUCGGACACGCUGUUAGAGGUCUGCUUACGCGUGUGUUUCGAGUGCCGCGCGCUGUUGCGGCGUUAUCACAAGUUUAAGAAACAAGUACAAUGUUGCUACACGUCGUUACUGAAGCAAAUAAAACAGGAUACCCCCUCGGAGAAAAUAACAAACGUGCCCCAUUUGAAAUCUGAGCCGAUACACAACUUGAGCUAUCCCGAUGACAUCGUGAAGGUGGAGUUCGAGGAUGUGGACGUGAAGAAUGAGGUCUCCGACAGGGAAGAGCUCCACUAUGAGCCGGAGACGUUUGUUAAGGACCUGCAGUUGGCCAAGAAAGAGGCCAAGGACAAAAAGAUGACGAAAAAGAAAACAAAACAGAAGAUUAAAUUGAAAACGAAGAACAUGCAGGCGGGUGAGAGCGGAGUCGACGCGGAUGUAAAGACGAGGGCGGACCUCUUCACCUGCCAGGACUGUGGGAGGAACUUUGAUGAGAAGUUGGACUUGGAGAAGCAUAUCAUAGCGGACCAUACGCUGAAGAAGGAGGUGAAGAAUAACGGUGUGAAGGAAACCCUGCCGGAGAGACCGCAGUGCGUUGAGUGUGGAAAGGUUUUCAGUUCCCGGAAAACGUAUAGAUAUCAUCUGAACGUUCUCCACAAGGGCCAGAACAGGUAUCCGUGUCCCAGAUGCGGCAAGGUGUACCAGUGGAAGUCUAACCUGGGCAGGCAUUUGAGGAGUCACAAGGCCCGGGACAGCGGCGAGUUACAUUGUCACACCUGCGACAAGAGGUUCGCGUCCGUGGCCACCUACAGGCAGCACCUGCGCGUCUCCCGCUCACACGUCUCGGAGACUGACUUCACAUUCAUGUGCAACGAGUGCGGCAAGAAAUUCGUCAACAAAACCAGGCUGAGAGACCACAUCGACUGGGAGCACCUCAAUAAAAUUAAGUUCAAAUGCAGCCUCUGCAAUAAGCCGUUCAAGUGCCACACGUCCUUGUACGUCCACAUGCAGAACGUGCACAGGAACAAGGAGAAGAAAGACAACCUGUGUCACGUCUGCGGGAAGUCAUACCAGAACGCCGCCAAGCUGCGCUACCACAUCGUGGCCAUGCACACGAGCGAGACGCCCUACAGCUGCGGCCAGUGCGGCGCGGCCUUCGGCUGGUACUCCUCGCUGUACCGACACAUGCGCGAGGUGCACCACAAGAUGAAAGUUCAGCCGAAGAAAUCUAAGAAGUUGAAGAAAUCCAGCGAGCUGGUGUCAUCCUCACACGCGCAUCAGGCCGGACCCGCUUAGAUAUUCAAUAAUUUAAUGUUAACUCUGUCUCGCCUCUGACACAUCACAUAUUUUUAUGAACGACUGAUAUGUUUAAGGAUAGCAUUAAUUUCUGAAUAAAUGAUAACAUUAUA